GCCUCGCCUCGUGCCGCGAAGCUGCCCGCCAUCCCAGGAACCCUCCUGCCCUCCUUCAGGAUCGAGGGUGCCGGAGGCCUCCGAGGUCGUUGGCUUCAGCAUCGUCUCCUUUCCUUAACCCCAAUAGAACCCUCCGUGUGGCCUCGGAUUCGGCUCACGCCCCCUUUCCCCCGCUCAGGGCCCGUCAAGGAAUGUGACGAGGACCAGUUCCGGUGCCGGAAUGAGCGCUGCAUCCCCUCUGUAUGGAGAUGCGACGAGGACGAUGACUGCUCGGACAACAGCGACGAGGAUGACUGCCCCAAGAAGACCUGUAUGGACAGCGACUUCACCUGUGACAAUGGCCACUGCAUCCCUGAGCGGUGGAAGUGUGAUGGCGAGGAGGAGUGUUCUGAUGGCUCCGAUGAGUCUGAGGCCGCUUGCACCAAGCAGGUGUGUCCUGCAGAGAAGCUGAGCUGUGGACCCACCAGCCACAAGUGUGUGCCCGCCUCGUGGCGCUGCGACGGGGAGAAGGACUGCGAAAGCGGAGCGGACGAGGCCGGCUGUGCCACCUUGUGCGCCCCGCAUGAAUUCCAGUGCAGCAACCGCACUUGCCUGGCCGCGGUGUUCGUGUGCGAUGGCGACGAUGACUGCGGCGAUGGCAGUGACGAGCGCGGCUGUGCUGACCCGGCCUGCGGGCCCCGCGAGUUCCGCUGCGGCGGCGACGGCGGCGCCUGCAUCCCCGAGCGCUGGGUCUGCGACCGCCAAUUCGACUGCGAGGACCGCUCGGACGAGGUGGCUGAGCUCUGCGGCCGCACUGGCCCGGGGGCCACGUCCGCGCCCGCUGCCUGUGCCAUCGCUGCCCAGUUCGCCUGCCGCAGCGGCGAGUGCGUGCACCUGGGCUGGCGCUGUGACGGCGACCACGACUGCAAGGACAAGUCGGACGAGGCCGACUGCCCGCUGGGAACCUGUCGUGGAGAUGAGUUCCAGUGUGGGGAUGGGACCUGUGUCUCUGCAAUCAAGCUCUGCAACCAGGAACAGGACUGUCCAGACGGGAGUGAUGAAGCUGGCUGCCUGCAGGAGUCAACAUGUGAGGGUCCCCGCAGAUUUCAGUGUAAGAGUGGCGAGUGCGUGGACGGCGGGAAAGUGUGUGAUGCUCAGAGGGACUGCCGGGACUGGUCGGAUGAGCCUCUGAAAGAGUCUGUUCUGCUGCCAUCUCGGAGAAACAGGAGGAGGCCCAGGGGUGAAGGGGAACAUUCCCUAAGUAUGGCUCAGGCUGGAGGGCUGAACGAGUGUCUGCACAACAAUGGCGGCUGCUCCCACAUCUGCACUGACCUCAAGAUCGGUUUUGAAUGCACCUGCCCAGCUGGCUACCGGCUCCUGGACCAGAAGACCUGUGGCGACAUUGACGAGUGUGAGGACCCAGACGCCUGCAGCCAAAUCUGUGUCAAUUACAAAGGCUACUUUAAGUGCGAGUGCCACCCUGGCUAUGAGAUGGACACAUUAACCAAGAACUGCAAGGCUGUCGCUGGCAGAAGCCCGUCCCUAAUCUUCACUAACCGGCACGAAGUGCGGAGGAUAGACCUGGUAAAGCGAGACUACUCACGCCUCAUCCCUAUGCUCAAGAACGUUGUGGCUCUGGAUGUCGAAGUUGCCACCAAUCGCAUCUACUGGUGUGACCUCUCUUACCGCAAGAUCUACAGCGCCUACAUGGACAAGGCCAGUGACCCAGCAGAGCAGGAGGUGCUCAUUGACAAGCAGCUACACUCUCCAGAGGGCCUGGCGGUGGACUGGGUCCACAAGCACAUCUACUGGACGGACUCGGGCAACAAGACCAUCUCAGUGGCCACAGUUGAUGGUGGCCGGCGAUGCACUCUUUUCAGCCAGGACCUCAGUGAACCCCGGGCCAUCGCUGUCGACCCCCUGCGAGGGUUCAUGUAUUGGUCUGACUGGGGGUAUCAGGCCAAGAUCGAGAAGUCCGGGCUCAAUGGUAUGGACCGACAAAUACUCGUGUCAGACAAUAUUGAGUGGCCCAACGGAAUCACCCUGGAUUUGCUGAACCAGCGCUUAUACUGGGUAGACUCCAAGCUGCACCAGCUGUCCAGCAUUGACUUCAGCGGAGGCAACAGAAAGAUGCUGAUUUCCUCCCCUGACUUCCUUAGUCACCCUUUUGGGAUAGCUGUGUUUGAGGACAAGAUAUUCUGGACAGACUUGGAGAAUGAGGCCAUUUUCAGUGCAAAUCGGCUCAACGGCCUGGAAAUCUCUGUCCUAGCUGAGAACCUCAACAACCCACAUGACAUUGUCAUCUUCCAUGAGCUGAAGCAGCCAAGAGCUGCAGAUGCCUGCGAGCUGAGUGCCCAGCCCAAUGGAGGCUGUGAGUACCUGUGCCUUCCUGCUCCUCAGAUCUCCAGCCACUCUCCCAAGUACACGUGUGCCUGUCCUGACACAAUGUGGCUGGGCCCAGAUAUGAAGAGGUGUUACCGAGCACCUCAAUCUACCUCAACUACGACGUUAGCCUCUACCACGACGAGGACAGUAGCCGAUACAAGAGCCCCUGGGGCCACCAUCCACAGCCCCAGCUACCAGAACCACAGCACAGAGACACCAAGCCUGGCAGCUGCGGUCCCAAGCUCAGUUAAUGUCCCCAGGGCUUCCAGCAUCAGCCCGUCUACCCCAAGCCCUGCAACCAGCAACCACUCCCAGCAUUAUGGGAAUGAAGGUGGCAAGAUGGGCUCAACAGUCACUGCUGCUGUCAUUGGGAUCAUUGUUCCCAUCGCGGUAAUUGCCCUCCUGUGUAUGAGUGGCUACCUGAUCUGGAGAAAUUGGAAGCGGAAGAACACCAAAAGCAUGAAUUUUGACAACCCAGUAUACAGAAAAACAACAGAAGAGGAGGAUGAAGAUGAGCUCCACAUAGGGAGGACUGCUCAGAUUGGCCAUGUCUAUCCUGCAGCAAUCAGCAGCUUUGAUCGCCCACUGUGGGCAGAGCCCUGUCUUGGGGAGACCAGAGAACUGGAAGACCCAACCCCUGCCCUCAAGGAGCUUUUUGUCUUGCCGGGGGAACCAAGGUCACAGCUGCACCAACUCCCGAAGAACCCUCUUUCCGAGCUGCCUGUCGUCAAGUGCAAGCGAGUGGCAUUAAGCCUUGAAGAUGAUGGACUGCCCUGAGGAUGGGACCACUCCCUUCGUGCCUCAUGGAAUUCAGUUCCAUGCACUACACUACCUGGCUGGUGUGUGCCUGGAUGGAAGGGUUUCUGUAUAUGGGUCUGUGUGAGUGAAUAUGUGUGUGUGUGUAAUUUUUUUCUUUAAUUUAUGUUGGGGAAAGGUAACCACAAAGUUAUAAUGAACUGCAAACAUCCAAAGGAUGUGAGAGUUUUUAUAUGUAUAAUGUUUUAUACACUUUUUAACUGGUUGCACUACCCAUGAGGAAUUCAUGGAAUGGCUACUGCUGAGUGACUAACAUGAUGUACAUAACCAAAUGGGGCCGAUGGUACAGUAGCUUACUCAUCAUUUAAAAAUUAUAUUUACAGAGAGUAUUUGGUUUGGAGGGCUUUUUUAGGUUUUAGAGUUUGGGGUUUUUUUUAUAAAUAAAAUGAUUAUGCUUUGUGGCUAUCCAUCAACAUAAAAGAAAAAAGAAAAAAACACUUCAACUCCUUCCCCCAUUUAGAUUAUUUAUUAACAUAUUUCAAAAAUAAGAUUAGUUAUAUAAAUAAUUUAGAGACAUGACAGUAUUUAUUUUUGGUAUGAUUGGCCCACUAAAUGGACUCUGUGUGCAUUUAUGUUUAAGUCUGCAUGUGUGUGAGAGAGAAAAAUCUAGAGAAGAGGCGCACUUAUGGCUAUUGUUCAAAUACAUAAAGAUAAAUAUAUUUUAAAACAGUCCACAAGAAGGGUAUCAGUCGUUUUCAGAGAAGCUUUUGGAAAUGUGGCUCAUAAAACAGAUACCAUGGUUUGUGCAAACAUGUAGUGGAAGAGGCAGAAUCCUUUCCACCUCUGGCUAUUCCUGGAACCCCAAUCGUCAGGAAAAGCCCUUCAGCUCACCCAUGGCUGCUGUGGCUCCUACCUGGGCUUUCUCUUCUAUGGCUAAGGCCAGUGUACAGACUUUACACAGUACUAGAAGUUCUUGUGCGCUCAGGUGAGAAAAUGCCUGAACCUUGGCUACUUCUUGUUUUAAAGUUCAGCAUUUCGAGUAACUUCAUUUUCCUUCAGAACACUUGGAUUGAAUUCAUUAAGGUUUCUCUGAAGCACACUGAGGGUGCCUUCCUUCCUUAUAGAGCACUAAGUGGAGAUGUUUCCAGAACAGCCCAAGUUUACUCUAGGGACUGGCUCAGGCACUGAACCUCUGAGAUGUGCUAUGGGUGAGGAUAAGGACAGUGGAAUCAGUUUUGUUACAUCUCCAUUUCUCCCUUCCCCUUACUUUCUACAAUUUCCUUUAGGUGGGAAAAAGUAAGAUGUAGGUUUGUUACCAUCGUGUGUUCCUAUAGAUAAAACUAAUUUUUGGCCUAAGUCAGAAAAAGUUGCCAAACCUAAAGUCCUUUUUGAGGGGGAAAUGGCAUAUGCAAUAUUAUAGUAUGUUGGAUAUAUAUGUCCACACAGGGAUUUGGUUUACUGCUUUGUAAAUAAAAGGAAAAACUCUAGGUAUA